CGCCGCCCGUCUGUCCUGGUGGGCAUGGCGGUGUGCGCUCGGCUCUGCGGCGUGGGCCCGGCGCGCGGAUGCCGGCGUCGCCAGCAGCGCCGCGGCCCCGCGGAGACUGCGGCGGCCGACAGCGAGCCCGACACGGACCCCGAGGAGGAGCGCAUCGAGGCGGGCGUGGCGGCGCCGGCCGGCCCCGGGGGCGGCCCUGGCGCGGGCCUCUCGCCGCCGCCCGCGCGCUGCUCGCUCCUGGAGCUGCCGCCCGAGCUGCUGGUGGAGAUCUUCGCCUCGCUGCCCGGCACCGACCUGCCCAGUCUGGCACAGGUCUGCACCAAAUUCCGCCGCAUCCUGCACACCGACACCAUCUGGAGACGGCGCUGCCGGGAGGAGUAUGGCGUUUGUGAGAACCUGCGGAAGCUGGAGAUCACAGGCGUGUCUUGUCGAGACGUCUAUGCGAAGCGUAUAAAUCCUCGUGUGAAGUCGGGACGCUUCAUGAAAAUUCUGCCCGAUUACGAGCACAUGGAGUACAGAGAUGUUUACACCUGCCUGCUUCACCGAUACAGACACAUUUUGGGGCUGUGGCAGCCAGAUAUCGGGCCGUACGGAGGACUGCUGAAUGUGGUGGUGGAUGGUCUGUUCAUCAUUGGCUGGAUGUACCUGCCUCCCCACGAUCCUCACGUGGAUGACCCCAUGAGGUUCAAACCUCUGUUUAGAAUCCACCUGAUGGAGAGGAAGUCAGCCACGGUGGAGUGCAUGUACGGCCACAAAGGGCCUCACAAUGGCCACAUCCAGAUUGUGAAGAAAGACGAGUUCUCCACCAAGUGCAACCAGACGGACCACCAUAGGAUGUCAGGCGGGAGGCAGGAGGAGUUCCGGACGUGGCUGAGGGAGGAGUGGGGCCGCACGCUGGAGGACAUCUUCCACGAGCAUAUGCAGGAGCUGAUCCUGAUGAAGUUCAUCUACACCAGUCAGUACGACAACUGCUUGACCUACCGUCGGAUCUAUCUCCCGCCCAGUCACCCCGAUGACCUCAUCAAGCCCGGCCUCUUCAAGGGCACCUAUGGCAGCCAUGGACUGGAGAUUGUGAUGCUCAGCUUCCAUGGCUGGCGUGCCAGGGGCACCAAGAUCACGGGUGACCCCAAUAUCCCCGCUGGGCAGCAGACGGUGGAGAUCGACCUGAGGCACCGCAUCCAGCUGCCAGAUGUGGAGAACCUCCGCAACUUCAAUGAGCUGUCGCGCCUUGUCCUGGAAGUCCGAGAACAGGUGCGGCAGGAGCAGCAGGAGGCCAGUGAGGGCCCUGCCCUGCCCCAGGAACAGCCAUCUGCCCAGGUGCCCAGUGGGGCAGCUGCUGAGGACAGCGGGGAGCCCGGGAGUGGAGUGGCCGCAGUUGAGCAGCCAGCUCAGUCUGGGCAGGGGCAGCCUUUCGUGUUGCCUGUGGGCGUGAGCUCGAGGAGUGAGGACUACCCCCGCACCUGCAGGACGUGUUUCUAUGGCACAGGCCUCAUUGCUGGCCAUGGCUUCACCAGCCCUGAGCGCACACCUGGUGUCUUUGUGCUGUUUGAUGAGGACCGCUUUGGCUUCCUCUGGCUGGAGCUGAAGUCUUUCAGCCUGUACAGCCGGGUCCAGGCUGCCUUCCGGAACGCAGAUGCACCUUCACCACAGGCCUUCGAUGAGAUGCUCAAGAACAUUCAGUCCCUCACCUCCUGAUGGCCACAUCUGUGUCACGGGCUGGUUUGGGCAUGGCCCUGCCACCGUGAAUGGAAGCAGCAUGCACUUUGGAAAUGCGGCCUUUUUACCAGAACACGCACCUUCUCACCAGGGGCCUGGCCCAGCCCAGGACACUUUAUGUAUAGUGUGUAAUAUAUUCCUGCACAUUUGUCCGUAGCCCUGAAGGAGAGAGGUGAGCAUGUCAACAGAGAAAACAAAACAAAACAAAAGAGUGAAUGAACAGAAUAAAUCUGAUGUAGACGAGUGGCCGUGGGGCAGAGAGAAUUAUGUGGAGAACUCGUGUGUGUCCUUGGUGCGCCGGUGGCCUUGCAGGGAAAACAAGACCCUCCUUCAGGGAGGUCUCAUGCUGCAGCCGUGAUGAGAUGUUCCGUUCCACAUCUCAUGUCUGCCCUGCUGGACUAGCCUAGCAGACAUGGCAUGGCUGAAGGGGCCCCUGGGAGGUGAUGAGGAAGAGACGGAAGUCACUAUGGACAGGGAUGGCGUGUGCAGAAAGCAGCUCUCGGGAGUCACAGAAUAUCAAGUUUCUCUAGUGACUUGCUUAGGCGCUUCACUGUGACUUGUGUCCCUAUCAGUGAAAUGGGAUUAGGGAUACGGUCACUAGGUAUAUAUCACUGCACACACAGAGCUCUGUCCCAGUGGUUUGUGUGCCUGUCCCAGAUACUCUCCAGCUUAGAACCAAGGCCACCUGCUGUUCUCAAGCAGCCAGUUCCAAGCAGGGUAUUUUUUUGUGCACCUGCCCCUCCCUCUCUCCUGCCCUCCCUCCCUGCACACACGCUGUGGAGAGCUGCCUAUCCCCCGUUGGGAGCACAUGUCUCCACAGUCUGUCCUGAUGCUGGGUUUUCUCAUUUGCGUGGUGCACUUGGGUGCCUUUCUUGCAGUGCUAAAGUGUUGGUAGUAGUGACAUGAGUUGCCUAUGAAGCCCCUUGAAGGUGAGAGCACAGUGUCUAGGUCGUCAUACCUACAUGUGGCACUCUAGAUAGACCUACAGGUGGUGUUGUACUUGGGAGGACAGGACCUGUUGGGGACCCUCCAGGUUAAGACCCCAAGUGCCUGUGUUUUCACUGGCCCUGUGCCCCAUUCUGCAGUAGCCCCUGCAUCUGAGACCCAGCCUGAGGUCUUGCUGAAGACAGACUACAGUGCCUGGAGACUCCCAGGAGCCCUCAUCAGGCUUCCUGUAGUUCACUUGGUCCCUGAGUAGCCCAGUUUAGGCCACGAUGCUGUGCACCUGACUGACUGCCUUUGUGUACCAGUUUGCUUCUUUGUGGUUGGGAAUAGUCGGUUGACUGCAGUUUGGAGAGAAAAGAACUUCGUGGGUCCCUGCAUAUUUGAACCUGCUCUGCUCUGUACAGAGUGAUGCGAUUGGGAUUUCAGUCACAGGCAUUGGCAAGUGUUCCAUGUUGGGGCUGGACGUUUGCACAGGGAUGUUAGCACAUGAGGAUAUGUCAGCCUAUUGUGCUCAGACCUCCAGUGUCCAUUGUGGAGUGAGUGGCUUUGUGAGCCCUGCAGUGGGAGUUUAGGCUCCUUUUUUCCUCAUUCUGGACCUUAUCAGGGUCCCUUUGGCACCCAUUGAUGCCUGGCUCACGGUUUUUGCUGGCCACCUGUGGCAUAUGCUUAAGGUCCUGAGCUGCCGUCCAGGGCUGUCAGCUCGGCAGUGUCCCUGCCCAUCCUUCUGGGGUCCUCCCUGCCCCCACCUGGCAAGGGGUUGCUGAGCAAUGACCAUGCCAGUCACUCCUUCGCCUGCUUCAUGAGCGUCAUAGUGAUACUGUCUGCUACGCUUCCUCCCGUACUGAGAACUGCACACCAGUGACUGGGCAGCAGGUCUUCUCCCUAGCCAGCUGGCUCUGUCCUCUGAUCCUCUACGGGCGCCCUGUUUGAGAUCUGCACAAUGCCAGCCGGUCACUUUUAGUGCUCAGAAGCAGCAGUGGGGAAGAAGAACCCCUGUCAGCUGUUGUGAUUUCAUGGAGUCCUGGUUUCUGUUGCCCUGCUUCAGGAUAGCAAGACCCACAGGACACCAAGCACCCUGGUCUGUAACACAGUGACUGAGCACAGCAGCUGGGCUUUUGAGGCCAUUUUUCUCUGCUGUAUUCCUCCUGGCCUAACUUUGAAGAAUGUCCUCAGUAAUGCCCAGGUGGAGGGAGACUCCGCAGACCACCCUCAACUCUGAGCUAACACCCUGUCCUCUGUCUUUGGGGUCAGGAUUGUAGUUUUAAGUUCAUAUGAGAGAAAAAAGGAGCAGACAAUCUCAUUCUGAUGCUUUGGGAACGAGAUUGUGCCAAAUCAUUGAGUGCUGUGUCACUUAUAGCCCAGUGGCUCACAUAGCCAGUCUUCCAUGGGCUGGAGUGGUGCUCCAGGCGCUGGCAGGGAAUUGUUGGUACUGCAGGAUCCUGUUUGCAGGAGACCAACCAGAGCAGGUGAGGGGUCAGAACCUUUUGCUUUCGCUGGUUACUUAAUAUCACAUAGCUGGCUUGGAGAAAAAACAUUUAUUCAGAGGGCAGCUUGGGUUUGCCCAAAGGCUAGGCAGACUCCUAGGAAGCAGUUGCUGGCACCUGGUGCCUAGUGUUCUCACCUGGGACGUUGUUACCUGGGGCAUGCACAGUUGUGUUUCUCCUUUCAGUUUUAAGUAAAUCAGUUUCUGAAGCCUUGCCUUGUGACUUCUUUCUUUGGGGUGUAAUUCAGAUGGAGGCAGGAGCUUGGGGAGCACUGGUCGUUGACCCUGGGAGGGGGUGGCCUGGGUUGAUGCUUCUCACACCUCAUUCAGCAGUGUUUUGAUUUUGGUUUUCCCCUAUUGGAGCAGGUAGAGUGUUGAAGUGACUCCUCAGCCCAGGUGAUGGUUGGCCUACAUCCUAGUUCCCGAGGGCAGGGAGCCAUGGUGGGUAAGCCCAAGUGCCGUUUUCUGAGAACAGGACAGUUAAGAGUAGGGGUGUGCUCAUAGGCCCAUACAGCUGUGGACCUCGUUGAUCUGCUUUCCUUUGUUCCCUGAAGUACUGCCUUAUCUUAACAAAUCCAGAUAUCUCUUCCCAUCCAGGUCUCAUCCCAGGGUCUCUGUUGCUAAUGACUAAUAACUGUUAGCAUGGAGUUUUCUGUGGAAAUGCAGGCAAAUUGCACCCAGUAGGCAGAAACUGGUUGGCUGUGAUGCAGGGAAGCAGGAGCACGGACAGGGACAUUUUGGGGACAGUUGGUGCCACCUUGUGGGGCUGAAGAUGCAGGUGCUCCAGGGAGUGUCCUGUCUACCCUGGGGAGCCCAGGCAGGGGUUUGGGGGCUGCUGCAGUGUUUUGUGGGAGGAGGCUGCAGCAUCUGAGGCCCAGAAGUGCAUGGGCUGACGCCUGUGGGCCCUCCACACACAGUGAAGGCAGGUCCCUGUGUUACCAGUGUGCCACAAAAUGCCAAGUAAAAGAUGGCAGGACGUUUAUGUUGAGUGUAAAAACAAAACAGCAUUUAAUUUUCAUCACUUUACAUGUAAAAGUGUAAAA